GCUCGCACGAGGAGCGCGGGCUCCUCCGGAUCUACCGCGGAUCUUCGCCGUGCGCUGCCAGGUGAUCCGCAUUCGCAUAGGUACGGGAUCGAUUCACGUUCGCCAAACAAUGCGCGUAUCCGUGUGACCGGAGCUCGUCGCGAGCACGAUAGAAUAGAGCGCGAUGUCGCCUCGCGGUGGCAAGUGCGCGCGUGUCAGCAAAGUGGCAGCCACGAAGGGGCGCCAAGUGCGCGCCCAGCAGCACGGCUCUCCGAGUCUCGAAGCUGAAGAAACAACGACGACGACGACGGCGCCGACGGCGGUAACGACGACGACCGCCACAACGACAACGGCGACGUCGACAACGACGACAAUGACGUCAAGCGGAACGGCAAUCGCGACAACGAGAAUGGACAAGCCCGCGGCAACGACGGCGUGCAACGAGGGUCGAUCGCAGUGGACUGGGCGCAUGCGCCAGUCCCUGGAGAGCAGCUCCGAGCCAGCCCGUGAAAACGGUGCCCCGGUGCAUCGUUAUCCGGAGAGGCAACGACGACGGGAGAGACACGCCGCGGGGAGGAAGCAUCGACCGCCAACGAGAAACGCCGACGAAAACGCCACCGUCGCCUCCUCGUGCUCAACGUCGUCGUCCACGUCGUUGUCGUCGCCGUCCUCUUGCGCGUCCUCGCGCCGUUCGACCUCCCCACCGUCGUGUGCCUCGUCCCCGGCGCGAUCUUCCACCUCGUCGUCGGUCACGAGCGAUCCGCUAGCGAUCAAAUUAGCGGCCGGGGACAGUCGUCGAAAGAGCGACCAUCACGGCGACGAGGGACUCGCGAAGCGGAAGCGGAACGCCGCGGGAGCAAGAAGGAACAACGACGGGACGGUUCAUGGAUCGACAGAGACGACCACGUCGGUCUCGACUUCCUCCUCAACAACUGUGUCUUCCCCUUCGCCGUUCCCCUCUCCGGUGUCCACGUCCUCCGCGUCUUGUCGGACGACGGCGGCGACGACGGCGACGCCGCCGCGCGCCGCCUCAUCUACAUCCGCCAUCGAGAGGCUAAGGAACGCCUUGGAGAACUACGAUCGCAGCCGGAUUUACCUCGCCCACGUUUGUUACCUGGACUGGCGGGACCUGCCGGGUAAACGACGCGGCGGCGGCGGCGGCGAUCGCGACGCAACGAGACGCUGCGAACGGGUGUGGGUGGUGGGGGCGGCGGAUCACGAAGGUCACCAUCGGACGCGAUUGUUGGUGGCCGGUCGCCACUGGCGUCCACGUUGCCUACGCAGGGUCAACAUGCUCAAUCAGCCUGUGGUUUACGCCGGCGGCGGCAGGGGUUCUCUAACGGCCGAUCUCUUUCUCUGGUGGUUUCACCGUGAGUUCGCCGUCACGGCAAUGGCGAUGCAUCCGGACGGCGCCGUGCUGGUGGCCGAGAGUGCCGAUUAUCUGCCGCCGGAGGGUGAUUGCGUCGCCGCGGACGGCCUAGUGCGACUCUUCGUCGUACCGAAGGACUGCAUGGAGACACGACUGGUCGUCCGGGAGCUGAGAGUGCGAUUGGCCACCGGAAUAUUGUCGAGAGCGCGUUCCGGUGUUUACUGCGAUAAAUCCAACACCUCAAGCUCGCCCGCGGAAGGGAGCAGCAGCGAUCAUCGGCUGGACGCGUACCUGAAGAAGUUCACGCUGAAGGAGGCGUUCGCGGACCUGCAUCGCGCCUGGCUCAGCGUCCGAUCGGAGACCUUCGCGCGCAGCUGGACAUUGCCGCGCGCCGAUCGCGAGGAUCAUCCGCUGACGGGGUGCAACGGCGCCAUAUUGCCGCACAGAAUCCACGCGGUGGAUCAGGAAGAGGAUAGGAUGCUGCUCGUCGAGCUGCAGGGUCUCGCCAGGGAGGUCGGACUGAAGGUCGGCGACGACGAUCUCGGCAACUGGAUCGUCGACGAGGAGAGCGCGCUGGCGCGUCUCGUCAAGAAGAGAGAACCAGACGAGGAGCAGCAGCAGCACUGCCGAGUGAAGAUCGAGGCGGAGGACAGAUGGUCGGAUCGCAACGGCGACGAGGAUGAGGACGGGCACGACGGCGGCACCGAGGAGGACGACGGCGAAGACGAGACCACCGCCGAAGAGGCUGUCGGCUUACUCUCGAGAGUGCUAACCUGGAUGGAAAGGGAACCCCUUGAUCCGGGACUCCUGCUUGCGGUCAGAUCGAUGCGCGAUACCGCCGCACUUAUGGCAAGUAAGAUGGGCUUGGCGGGAACGCAUCCAGGCGGUCUGCCCUUCUUCUGUCCGAACGGGGACCACCUGACGCAACCGCCACCCGCCCAUAUGGGCAUACCGCCGUACGGAGCGCUAGAAGCAAACAAAGCGGCUGCCGCAGCUGGCCUCACGAGAGCACCGAUGUACCCUUUCUCGACGGGCCAGUAUCCAUAUCCUAUGCUUAGUCCGGAAAUGACGCAAGUCGCCGCUUCCUGGCAUACGCCAAGCAUGUACCCCAUCACGUCGGCGAAUCCCGGCUUCCGAAGUCCGUAUCCCACGAGUUUACCCAUCACCAGCUCCAGUUUACCAAGUGAUCUCUACCGGUUUUCGCCGACGGGCCUCAUGCCCCCUCAUCCCGGCCUGAGUCCGCACGCACACGCGCUAGCGUCACACGCGCUGGUGUCCUCGGCGCCGAAGGCGGAUCACUCCACCCUGGAUCACAAUCACAGGUCUACGAUAGAGCAGAAAAACUCCACGUCGUUACCUUCGGAUAAUGCGAAAGCUCAGGACACGGGCCAGCAGAAUAAUCAAGAUAAAAAGAAACCCCAUAUAAAAAAGCCUUUGAACGCGUUUAUGCUGUAUAUGAAGGAGAUGAGGGCGAAGGUUGUGGCAGAGUGUACCUUAAAAGAGAGUGCCGCGAUCAACCAAAUAUUGGGAAGACGAUGGCACUCGCUAAGCCGGGAGGAGCAGGCGCGGUAUUAUGAGGCGGCCAGGCAGGAACGCCAUCUCCAUCAGCAACGAUACCCCGGCUGGAGUGCCAGGGAUAACUACGGAUAUGGCAGCAAGAAGAAGAAGAGGAAGAAAGAGCGCUCCGCAGAUCCCACCGGAGGCAAUAACAUGAAGAAAUGCCGCGCCAGGUAUGGAUUAGACCAGCAAAGCCAGUGGUGCAAACCCUGCAGACGUAAGAAGAAAUGUGUCAGGUACUUGGGGGAGGGAGGAGACGGUGAUGGCGAAGCCGACGGUGAAGCCGAGGACGAUCAUUCGGAGGAUAACCUGGGCAGCGUAGGAGAGGCGGGUACGCCCGAGGAGGACGAGUCCCUGAGCAGUCCUGGGGGCCUCUCCGCGUUGUCUAGUCUGGCGAGCCCUUCGUUGGUCUUACCAUCGCCCUCGAGCCUGGCCAGCCCGUGCCCGUGCCCGUUGACGCCCCCGGUGCCACCCCCGCCUCUGCCGAACACGAGCCAACCGCCGCACAAUCAGUCGGCGACGACGACGGCGACAACGGCGGCGCUGCAGCAACCGCAACCGAUCCCGCCGCCCCAUCGCAAUCCCGUCGGCACGAAUCCCCACGACAUCAACAAUCCGCUUAGCGUGAAUCAGCUGACUGGGCAGUGUAUAAAGAGCGAGCCCGCGCCCUCGGGCCCCUCCAACCCGGCGAUCAGUGUUACGUAGCCCCGGCCGGACCCACGUGGCCAGACUGUUACUGCUCGCGGUGUCAUCUACGGGGUCCGUCUACGUACGCAUGUGACAAGGAGGCCGGACGACGCACUGCCGAGGAUAAUGAGAAAGGCAAGCAGAAGGGAGGCAGUUUGUCUUGUUUCUCCCGCAAUUCCAGCCUGACCAACAGGGACCAGGUAGGAGUUUUGAAGGUUCAAUGGAGUCGUCCAAACCGCUGGAUUCCGCUGGAUUCCGAUUGGAACAGCUGAUCAUUGCUGAGUGCAUUGGUGAAGUCAGAUGCAGUAGUCUGCAAUCUGAGGGGCAGAUCUGCUGAUGAUUCAAAUUCGUGUAAGAAGAAGUCGUCGAUCGCCAUGUCGUCGUUGUGAAUGACGGCGUUGCCUUCAGUUCGUUCUUUCCUGACUCAGCAUCCAGCCUCGCGCUCUUGUCCAUUCAUGUUGGAACAGAGAUCAUCCAGUGUCCAAAGUCGGGAAUAACAAUCGCGGUGAAUGUUGAUACAUGUGUACGAACGAACAGAAAAAAGUACGAUGCAGAAAUACUCAGGACCAAGUGUUUGGCUGUAGUCACCCGCUCGACGGCGGAAGAUGUAAGCGAGAUGUAAAGCGUGAGAGAGAGAGAGAGAGAAAGAGAGUAUGUAUGCGUGCAUGCAUGCGUGCGUACGAAUCUAGGGGGGGAGGGCAAGGUGCACGUCUGAUAAUAAUGCGACCGAGAGGAGAGAGCAGGCUUUGCAGAAGGCGCGCGUGACGCAGCUUGUAGUCCUUGUUACGUUGUGAUGCCAAUGACUGAGAGGUCAUGUUCCUGUGCCAGCGACUAUACUCUAGAAAAGUAAUUAAUAUCGCGGACGAAGUAGCUAGGAUCCGCGUAAAGUGGAGGAGAGCCGCGAAAAAAAAAAAAAUAAAGGAAAACGGAAGUUGGGCGCGCGCGA